AAGCUGCUUUUCCUCCUCACUUGCUUUCUGUGCCCGACGCGAUGAAUCCAAGUUACAGAGAACAAGAAUUAAUGCAUGGCGGAGGACCACCGAUGCAGAAUCCUCCAGCAGGAAUAGCGUCGAUUGAGUUUUUUCGGGAGCCCCUGAAUAACAUGGAUUCACCACCAACUGCUCCUGUGGUGAUGGUGAUUAGUUCUUUACCGCCAGAGUCAAGCAGAUAUGUUUGCCCGUCGUGUCAGGCAAAUAUACAAACAAGGGUUGAACACAAAAGUGGAACUAUGACGCAUAUAAUUGCGCUUCUUCUGUGCCUCUUUGGUUGCUGGUGCUGCGCCCCUAUUCCUUAUUGUAUUGAAAGCUGCAGGGAUGCCUAUCACUACUGCCCUGCGUGUGCCGCCUACCUUGGAACGUCUGCAAGGGACUAAUUUCUCAUUUAUAACAGAAAAAACCACAAAAUAUUAACGGCAAACUUCCUACAAUUUUCCAAAAUAAAAAUUUUGUGUAAAUUCAUGUAAUAAUAAAUAAUGUGAAAUAAAUAACGUUUUUAGAAAGUAAAAAAAAUAAUAAGAAAUUGAAGUCAUUGCAGGAAAGAAAAAUAAAAACCGACCAUCACAAAAUUAAAACAAAAAUUUUCAAAUUGAAAAUGAAAACUCAUAGCCAUAAAUGAAAGGAUUUGUUGAAAAGCUGAAAAUAAUUUUUAUUUGAUCAUGGCCCUUGACCUAUCAACUAAAUUUCCAUUUUCCUGAGAGUUAUGUGUUCCAAACUUUGGCGAUUUUACUUUUGAAUACGCGGGAUAGGCAAUCGACUUCUAGCUGAUUUUAUCCUUCAAUCUACUUCCUUAAUCGGAAAUAGAGUUCCAUGACAAUAAAGUUUUGAGUAAAAACAAUUUAAACGAGGAAUAAAUUAUUUCUUCCAGAGUAAGUACAGCUUUGAACGCAUAAUUAUUUUUUAAAACGCACUCUAAACUUUCAAGGUAAAAAAACG